CAUGUGCAACUUGAAGCGUGAGUUUUGUGUUGUGCGUAUGUGCCGGGAACUUGUCAAACGUUUGUUUGUGUCUUCCGUUGCAACUGCAGGAAUUAUUUGCUAUUUGUGGUUUUAACGUAGAUGAGACUUACUGGUGCUGAUCACUGUGUUUAUGUUUCGGUGGUGCGUAUCUGCUUUUGUCAAGUUUACACCUGCACCGUGCCUCGCACGUGGCUGCGGUAGCUACGAUGGAUGAUGACCAGAAAGCCAAAGCUCACCGAGCUCGUCACAGUGGUAGGAAAGCUGACAAGAAGGAGAAGAAGAAUGAACACGUUCAGGAGCUGACGGCCAAACAGCGAAACCCAAAGGCCUUCUCUGUGCAAUCAGUGCAGAAGGCAGAGAAAAAAUUCAGAAGGGCUAAGGACCUACAAGAGAAAAGACACCAUGUCCCCCUUGUUGAUCGCACCCCAGUUGAGCCACCACCAUAUAUAGUGGCCGUUGUUGGGCCACCAAAAGUUGGCAAAACAACUCUUCUUCAGUGCCUGAUAAAGAACUUCACGAGGCAGUUUGUGAGCACCAUAACUGGCCCAAUAACCAUUGUGUCAGGAAAAAAGCGCAGACUGACACUUCUGGAGUGCAACAAUGAUAUUAACUGCAUGAUAGAUGUGGCAAAAGUAGCUGAUUUGGUGCUACUCAUGGUGGAUGCCAGCUAUGGCUUUGAAAUGGAGACCUUUGAGUUUUUGAACAUUUGUCAAGUUCAUGGUUUCCCUAGAAUCAUGGGUGUGCUCUCGCACUUGGACAUGAUCAAGAAUACCAAGACUCUGCGUCACACCAAAAAGCAGAUGAAGCAUCGAUUCUGGACUGAAAUAUACCAGGGUGCAAAACUCUUCUACUUGUCAGGUCUCAUCAGAGGGGAAUACUUGAAGAAUGAGAUUCACAACCUUGGAAGGUUUAUCUCAGUCAUGAAGUUUAGACCACUUCAGUGGCGAACAUCUCACCCAUACCUGCUGGUGGACCGAAUGGAAGAUGUCACUGAUCCAGAGUCAAUUCGUACCACUCCAAAAUGUGAUCGAAACAUCUGUGUCUAUGGAUAUGCACGAGGAGCAAGCUUCAAGAGCAAGACCAACAUACACAUCCCUGGUUGUGGUGACUUCAGCAUCCAUGAGAUUAGCCUGCUUCCUGACCCAUGCCCACUGCCUGACAAGGAAAAGCGGCGCUCUCUUAAUGAGAAGGAGCGUCUCCUCUAUGCUCCCAUGGCUGGAGUUGGAGGCGUUGUCUUUGACAAGGAUGCUGUCUACAUAGACUUGCGUGGCAGCCACUCCCACAAGGAAGGACGAGGG